AUGCAUGAUGUAACAAAUUGGCUAAGUGACGAAAGUACAACAUACAAUAUCCCCGACAAACUAGGAGAGUUGUCGGUACAGAGUACACAUGUGCUCGAAACUAAUCAUCUGCUUGGCCUCCAAUACACGUCCAUCUGGAUAAUGUCGCCACGCAUCAAGUGCCAGGUGAAGCCUUUGCUGGAUGCAUGGAUCCAGCAAAGGCCCACCCGCAAUGAAGGCCGUCUGGUCAGCAAUCUUGCCAUGCCGCUUGUUCGUGGAUUCCAAACCCGUUCUUGUCAACGGUGCCGGAAAUCCAUGUGUGCAUGA